UAUAAAAGCCCCCGGCGUUUGCAAAUCGCGAUCAAUCAAGCUGCAUCUCUCAAGCAUACCUAACGAAAUAGUGAUAUAGGGAUAAACGAGUUGAACAGGAAGACAUUUUAAUUUUACGAACUUCAAAUAAUUAUUAUAUUAACAAUGCCGUAUGAGUAUACGUGUAUCUCGGUAUUUCUGAGUGUGGCAGUGCUAAUAAGCGCGGCAUUCGCCAAUAAUCUGCAGUGCAACACGAAUGGCGACUACCAAAUCAUCCCUAAGGCAGACUGCAUGGGUUUCUACAUAUGCGUUUGGGGGUCGCCCGUCGAGAUGCCGCCUUGUCCCGCAGGCACCAGGUUCAGCGCAACUGUUAACGCAUGCGUUCACAAAGGCAGCGACUUAGACGACUGCAUUCCGGAUAGUGGAGUGACGGCGACUCCGGUGACAACUACCGGUCCGCUAUCUGUCGAAGAACGUUGCGCCAUGUUUGGCGGCAUCAUCGCCCACCCCACGGAGUGUCAGGCGUACUACAAUUGUAGCGUGUGGUACCAGUACAUACCUCGUUUGCUGGAGCAACACAUGGUCGAGUGUCCAUACCCACAGCUCUUCAACGCGGAUUCGGAGCAGUGUGAACAUUUUGAAAACGUGACUUGUGGAUCUAGGAAAGAAUUUAAAGACGCUUGCGACUACAGACAGAAUCAAUGUGCGGCAGCCCACUGUAUUCCUUGCAAUGUCCGGUUCGGCAACUGCGUUGGAAAACCCGACGGCCUUGCCCCGCACGAGGCGAAACUGUGGAGUCCUUUCUAUGUCGUCUGCUAUAAAGAACGCGCCGUUGAGCACAACAGGUGCCCACAAGACGCUGGCGGCCGGACGCAGUUAUUCCAUCCGGUAUUGAUUCAAUGUGUUCCUCUGGAGAUGAUCCCGCAAAAGUACGGAGGUUCGAUGCCCGCGUAAUACACAUACAUUACAUUCGGUGGAUAAAGUUAAAAACACGUUUCAAGUUUAUUUCGUAGAAACGCAAAUUUAAAACAAUAAUGUUCAUAAUGAGGAUAUACCCCGAAUAUCUUGUUUAAAGUUAUCUCUAUUUUUACAAUCAUUUUUAUUAAGAUUUAAAUAUAUAUACGAUCAUAACAUUUUCCUUCACAGCUAGUGUUUGAACUUAAAAUUGGCGUCAUAUUAAUACGUCAUCAUAGCACAAAACUGCCCCAAUUAUUAUUCGUUUUAAUUUAAUUCCAUCUGUAUACCAUUUUAAAAAGCGCGUUAUGUAAGAAAGCGAUGUCAGAAAGAUGAAGUGUUGUUAUGUUUGCAUAUACACAUGCAUCUUGAUAAUAAACAAAAUAAAUAAACCAAUUUCUUGUAAUACUCAUAAAACGCCCCAAAAGUUCUUUUUUAUUUUUUACAAUAUAUUUAUACUAUUGUUCUGUCCCUAUUUAUGUCUGUUUAUGUUUCCGUUUUGUUCGAUAAGUAAGAUAAUGUUGUAUUUUGAUACUUGAUGCCACUCGUUAAAAAUAAGUGUUGGGCACCAUGUUCGUUGUAUCAACUUACUUAUUAACAUUCGUGCACGACAUUAUGUGAAAGGACCUUUCCGGUUACAAUAUCUACACAUUAAAAUGCUAUUCUCAAUAAUGUAUAGUGAUGAACAAAGUGCUUUGCUAGCCUAUUUAAGAGACAAGCUAAUUCAUGUUAUACAACAUAGCAAUAAAACGAAAAAUAAUA